UUUGAGCGCAUCAGCAUCAUGGUGAUCCUGCUGAACUGUGUCACUCUGGGGAUGUACCAGCCCUGCGAGAACAUCGAUUGCACCUCAGAGCGCUGUCAGAUUCUGCAGGCAUUCGAUGCAUUUAUCUACAUUUUCUUUGCACUGGAGAUGGUGGUGAAGAUGGUGGCUCUGGGGAUCUUUGGCCGUCGCUGUUACCUUGGCGAUACUUGGAACAGACUGGACUUUUUCAUCGUCAUGGCAGGGAUAGUGGAAUACUCUCUUGAUCUCCAGAACAUCAACUUCUCUGCCAUCAGAACAGUGCGUGUGCUCAGACCUCUCAAAGCUAUCAACAGAGUACCCAGUAUGCGGAUCCUUGUGAACCUGCUGCUGGACACUCUGCCCAUGCUGGGAAACGUGCUCCUGCUGUGUUUCUUUGUCUUCUUCAUUUUUGGCAUCAUUGGAGUGCAGUUGUGGGCUGGCCUAUUGAGAAAUCGAUGUUAUCCUGAGGAGAACUUCACCCUCACAUCUGGCCUCACACUCCCCACCCCAUAUUAUCAGCCUGAGGAGGAUGAUGAGCGCCCCUUCAUCUGCUCGCUGGCUCAAGAUAAUGGCAUCAUGUCCUGCAGCGAUGUGCCCACUCGACGAGAGGGCGGACGGGAGUGCUGUCUAGAUAAAGAGGACGCGCUGCACCGUCAGGCCCUGGGCCUUAGUGCGGAGCCGCUGGCCAACAGCAGUGCCUCUGCCAUGGGGCUCUGUGUGAACUGGAACCAGUACUACACCCGCUGUCACACUGGAUACACCAACCCACAUAAAGGAGCCAUCAACUUCGACAACAUCGGCUAUGCCUGGAUUGUCAUUUUUCAGGUGAUCACUCUGGAGGGCUGGGUGGAGAUCAUGUAUUACGUCAUGGAUGCUCACUCCUUCUAUAACUUUAUCUACUUUAUAUUCCUCAUCAUCAUUGGCUCUUUCUUCAUGAUUAAUCUGUGCCUGGUGGUCAUUGCCACUCAGUUCUCGGAGACCAAGCAGCGGGAGCAUCAGUUGAUGCAGGAGCAACGCGCUCGCUACCUGUCCUCUAGCACGAUGGCGUCGCUCGCUGAGCCCGGAGACUGCUACGAAGAGCUCUUCCAGCUGGUCUGCCACAUCCUGCGGAAGGCCCGUCGCCGCUCAGCUGCCCUUUACUACAUGCUCCGUGGCAAAGACCCUCCCCCUGGAGGAGGGAGGGGGCGUGACAGAGGAGGGACAGGAUCAACGGGGGGAGGAGCUAAUGUGAAUGGCGGCGACAGACACCACUGCCACUCAGCUCCGAUGUCUCACUGUAUUCACGAAAACAAGCUAGACCACAGCUCUCAAUCUCUAGAAAACACCAUUUCCCUGUCUGUCACUCCAAACCCAGAGGAGUGCCUUCAGUGUUCCUUGGCCCAGUCUCUCAAGGAGGGGGCGGGGUCAGCGGACCACUCAGCCAAUGGGGAGGAGGAGGAAUGCACCUUGGAGGAGACUGACAGGGACAAGAAACACUUGGAUAAAAGAGGCGAGGAGGACACUAAAGAUAUGCAGAAAAGAAAACGCACCUGCUUUGGGAAAUGUAAGGUUGUCUGGGAUGAAAUGCGAGUGAAGCUUUGGGGGAUCGUUGAGAGCAAGUACUUCAACAGAGGGAUUAUGAUUGCCAUCCUCAUCAAUACGAUCAGCAUGGGCAUCGAGCACCAUAACCAGCCUGAUGAGCUGACUAAUGUUCUGGAGAUCUGUAACAUAGUAUUCACCAGCAUGUUUACUCUGGAAAUGAUCCUCAAGCUCACUGCCUUUGGCUUCUUUGAGUAUCUGAGAAACCCAUACAACAUCUUUGAUGGCAUUAUCGUGAUCAUCAGUGUGUGUGAGAUCAUCGGGCAGUCUGAUGGAGGUUUGUCUGUCUUGAGGACAUUCAGGCUGCUGAGGGUCAUAAAGCUGGUGCGGUUCAUGCCAGCUUUGCGCAGACAGCUGGUGGUCCUGAUGAAGACAAUGGACAAUGUGGCCACUUUCUGCAUGUUACUAAUGCUUUUCAUCUUCAUAUUCAGUAUUCUGGGAAUGCAUAUAUUUGGCUGUAAGUUCAGCCUGAAGACAGAGGCUGGGGACACGGUACCUGAUAGAAAAAACUUUGACUCGCUGCUUUGGGCCAUUGUCACUGUGUUUCAGAUCCUAACUCAAGAGGACUGGAACAUGGUUCUUUAUAAUGGCAUGGCCUCCACCUCCCCUCUGGCAGCCCUGUAUUUCGUCGCCCUCAUGACCUUUGGGAACUAUGUGCUUUUCAAUCUGCUUGUGGCCAUCUUAGUGGAAGGAUUUCAGGCAGAGGGUGAUGCUAACCGCUCCUACUCAGAUGAUGACAGAUCCUCUUGUAACUUAGAAGAAAUAGAGAAAAAGGACUCGCUCCAACUGUCAGAUCCUAAGAUUUACACUUUGACCCCUAAUGGGCAUCUGGACAUGACACCUGCUCUAAUGGCAAGGGGCCUGUACCCGCCUGAAAGGUUGAGCUUUGCCCUUGGUUCUCGCAAGAGCAGCGUGAGCUCCCUGGGCAGGGCUAGCCUUGAGCAGUCGACUCUGUGUCCAGGACGAGCCUCUUUGUACCACAAUUGGGGUCAGCCUGCACGGCAAGGUGUAUGGAGUCGCAGGUCAAGUUGGAACAGCCUGGGCCGGUCCUCCAGAUGCCUGGGAAUGGGAAUGGGGGGAGGAGGGGGCAGUUUAAGGCUCCAUAGCCCUCAUUCCCACACUGCUGAGCAGGAGUCCCUGCUGUCACCUCCACCCCCUCCCCUGCAUCCUCCUCUGCUCUCUAGAAGCUUUGUCCCACGCAGAGAAAGGCGGGCGCUCUCUCUGGAGCUUCCAGCGCUGCUGCAGGUACCCGGUCCGGCCCUACCUCCUCUGCAUCCCCGCCAGCACAAGAAGAGCUUUUCUGGGGGGCUAGGAAGCGUUGGAGAGCACCAGGACUGUAAUGGGAAGACACCCUCAGUACAGCCACAGAUCAUCAAUGAAGUCUAUCCUCAGGUCAACGCACGCAAGGACAGGGAGGAUCUGGACGAUGAGCUGGAUUAUAGCCUGUGUUUUCGCAUCCAGAAGAUGAUGGAGGUGUACAGACCAGACUGGUGUGAGACCAGGGAAGACUGGUCCGUCUUCCUCUUCUCUCCUCAGAACAAAUUCAGGUUGCUGUGCCAGUCCAUUAUAGCUCAUAAACUGUUUGACUAUGUGGUGUUGGCCUUCAUCUUCUCAAACUGCAUCACUGUGGCUUUGGAGAGACCUAAGAUCCUUCAGGGUAGCCUGGAGAGGCUUUUCCUCACCGUGUCCAAUUACAUUUUUACAGCCAUAUUUGUGGGGGAGAUGACACUCAAGGUGGUGUCCAUGGGUUUAUAUCUAGGGGAGCAGGCAUACUUGCGCAGUAGCUGGAACAUUCUGGAUGGUUUUUUGGUGUUUGUGUCUUUGAUUGACAUUGUCGUGUCGAUGGCGGGUGGGGCUAAGAUCCUAGGGGUGCUCAGGGUUCUCAGGCUGCUUCGCACACUGCGCCCCCUCAGGGUUAUCAGUCGAGCUCCCGGCCUCAAGCUGGUCGUGGAGACUUUGAUCACCUCUCUGAAGCCUAUAGGAAACAUAGUUCUCAUCUGCUGUGCCUUUUUCAUCAUCUUUGGCAUCCUGGGAGUCCAGCUUUUCAAAGGGAAGUUCUAUUACUGCCUGGGCCUGGAUGUCAAAAACAUCACCAACAAGUCUGACUGCCUCUUGGCCAAUUACAAGUGGAUCCAUCACAAGUACAACUUUGACAACUUGGGGCAGGCUCUGAUGUCCCUGUUUGUAUUGGCUUCGAAGGAUGGCUGGGUCAAUAUCAUGUAUCAUGGUCUGGAUUCUGUGGGAGUGGACCAGCAACCCAUAACCAAUAACAACCCCUGGAUGCUGCUGUACUUCAUCUCCUUUCUCCUGAUCGUUAGUUUUUUCGUGCUGAACAUGUUUGUGGGUGUGGUGGUGGAGAACUUCCACAAGUGCCGACAACACCAGGAAGUAGAAGAGGCCAAGAGGAGGGAGGAGAAGAGAUUGAGGCGCAUGGAGAAGAAAAGACGGAAGGCCCAGAAGUUGCCCUACUAUGCCAGUUACAGUCAUGUGCGACUGAUGAUUCACACCCUGUGCACCAGUCACUACCUGGACAUCUUCAUCACCUUCAUCAUCUGUGUGAAUGUUGUGACUAUGUCACUGGAGCACUACAGCCAACCUCAUUCUCUGGAGAUUGCUCUCAAGUACUGUAAUUAUUUCUUCACCAGCACCUUUGUGCUGGAGGCUGUCCUUAAGCUCAUCGCAUUCGGCUUCCGACGUUUCUUCAAAGACAGGUGGAACCAGCUGGAUUUGGCUAUAGUUAUGCUGUCAGUCAUGGGCAUCAUUCUGGAGGAGAUUGAGAUCAGUGCAUCUCUUCCAAUCAACCCCACUAUCAUACGCAUCAUGAGAGUCCUGCGCAUCGCCCGUGUAUUAAAGCUGUUAAAGAUGGCCACAGGAAUGAGAGCUCUGCUGGAUACAGUAGUUCAAGCCCUUCCACAGGUGGGGAACCUUGGCCUCCUCUUCAUGCUACUGUUCUUCAUAUAUGCUGCACUGGGAGUGGAAUUGUUUGGAGAACUAGUGUGCAAUGAAGACUACCCCUGUGAAGGCAUGAGUCGUCAUGCCACCUUUGAGAACUUCGGUAUGGCAUUCCUCACACUAUUCCAGGUCUCUACUGGUGAUAACUGGAAUGGUAUAAUGAAGGACACUCUUCGAGAAUGCCCGUCGGGCGAAUACACCUGCAAUCCCAGCCUACAAUUCAUCUCUCCAAUGUACUUUGUGAGCUUUGUGCUGACGGCCCAGUUUGUUCUCAUCAAUGUGGUUGUGGCAGUGCUGAUGAAACACCUGGACGACUCAAACAAAGAAGCCCAAGAGGAGGCAGAGAUGGAUGCAGAGAUUGAACUGGAGCUUGCCCAGGGAACGCUUUGCUGUAUCAGAGGUGUAGGAGGAGGAGGAGGUUCUGGAGUGGAGAGAAAUGCUGGGGGGCAUCAGGGAGCUGGAUCAAGCUCUGCUGUUCCACCUCAUUCCCCCAUUACAUACCCAGGGGCCCACGACCCCAACAGUGACAGGAAACUGUACUCCCCGGCACAGGAGAACCUGUGGCUGGACAGUGUCUCUCUGCUCAUCAAAGACUCAUUUGAAGGAGAGAUGCUGAUGAUUGACAACCUGUCUGGCUCAGUCUUCCAUCAUUACUCCUCUCCACCUGUCUGCAAAGACUGCAGGAGUCAUCCACAAGAGCAGAUCCACAUGGCCGAACUGGAGCAGGCAUCUCUGAGGUCAGAGCAGCUCUCAGAUAAGUCAUCCUCUCCAGCACUGCCUGAUGACCUCAGUCUGGACGAGCAGAGCAUGUACCAGUUGGCUGCCAAGGAGGGCAAGGAAAGGGGUUGUGAUGGUAGCCUAAACUCAGAAGGUCAUAGCAGGUUGCGACGACCCUCUCGGGUUCACAGCGCUGGGGCAGAACAAGGGAUGACAGGUCCUGGGGCUGCUUCUCCACACCAGCAUCACAACACACCUGCUCGUCACAGCAUAGGUGGACUUCCCUGUAGCAGCAGUAAUAAGGAGGAUGCAGAAGUUUCUGGUGGUUCUACAUCUCCCAUUCGUCUCCCUGCUGAAUUCUUCCAUCCAGCAGCCGCGGCCCUCCCUGCUCCACCAAGGGGCCGACCGGGACACAAACCAAGAGGUCUCAGACUAACUUCCCCAGCCUCAUGGGCUUCUCUGCGCUCUCCUGGAGCCAAUACUAGACUACUCACCACACAAUAUCCAUCACACAGUGACUCCUCCUUGGCUACAGGAAGUUCGGAGGGCAGCCUACCAACGACCAUGGAAGAAGGGCUCAGUUUCAUUGUAUCUACCCCUCAAAACCCUGACCUCCCUGUGCCCCUCUUGGACACGCUCCUUGAUGAGCGAACCAGCCUCUCCACCGAGACCCUGAGACCCAGUCAUCCAGCUGCACAGAACCUCCAUACCACAAGGGGGCACCAGCGCAGCAAGAGCAGCUCUGGCAACUCAGAUCCUUCUAAUGAGAAUAUAGGGAUGGUACGGUGCAGCUUAAACCAGACAUGCGACAACCAAUCGCUUUCUGGGACGCCGAGUAGCAUGUCGCUCACAUCGCUGCUUCAGCCUCUAGUGCCCCCAUCUGUGAAAAAGUGCAACAGCACUGACAGCUUAGACCAAAUGACUCUCACAACCCAACAAAUGGAGGGGAGACAAGCUUUAGCAAAAGAUCCACAGGGUAAUCUCACAAGGUCGUGGAAAGAGAGGGAGAAUAGAGGAAGAGCGCAUCAGUCGGAAGCAACACAGGGAAAAGGCGGGGAAAGCACAAGCCACGUAACAGUCAUGGGCUCCAGAAAAAAUAGAUGAAACUCUCUAGAUAGUGUUAGUUAUUUCCAAGGCCCACUACUCUAUCUCUCUGUUGUUUUCAGAGAGGAGUUUGACAUGUGGCAUUGCAUCUCAAAAAAUCUCUCUAUUUCCCUGUUUUCAUCUGUGACCUGUUAACAUUUUGUAUCUGCUCAUGACACUGGUUUCAGGACUGCAGAGAAACUGAAUGGAAGGAAUCGAGAGAAGCAGUUCAGCCCCUCAGUGCAUGACUAGUGACAGAAGGGACUGUCCAAACAGCUGUCUGUGCAACCUAAAGGAUCAUGACAGGGAGACGACAUCCAGUACAGGCAAAGCUGUCCAUAUGCUGGAUUCAGUGAGAGAUUGGCUGCUUUCUUGUGGAUUAUUUUAAAAGUUAUAUAAAAUAAAUACAAAAGUAUGUAUAGAGAGGAACUGAAAAGAUGAAUGUGGCAAGGCUCUUUAUAAAGAGGGUACUCUUUAUAAGAGAGUACAUGCAGUUAUAUUUCAAAGAGGGGUUUGGAUGUUAACUUUUUUUUUAGGAUACACAUUCUUUAUAGGCUAUAGGUUAUGUGUUCAGAUGUCAGUUAGAUUGUUUGUCUCUUUAAUGUUGAGGAGAGAUAGAUUUAUCUUUCUGUCUGUCUGGUUAUUUAUUUAUGUUUAGAUUGUUUUUAUUGUUUGGCUAUUGUUAAUAUAUUUAAUUCAAUGGCAUAUGUAGAACUAUGUAAUCUCCUAUCAUUUGCAUUAGGAGACGAAGCAAAUAUGGACAAAGAGACAAAUAACAGUCCUUUGCAUGAUGGAGUCAUAUUUAUCAAAUUUAAGACCACAAGAAGAUGUCAAUGCUGGAUGAAAGCAGUAAGGCUUUCACUCCGAUAUUUUUUUAUCGAUAUGCUCUGGACUAAGGAGUAAGUGAUACACAUAUUGUGGUCACUUUGUCCUCCCCACUACCCAUUUCUUCAUGUGACUUUAUUCCCUGCAAGUGGCUUCCAUUUUUAUAAUUUUGGUUUUAUAAUAUGCUCAGAUGAACAGGACCAAGCAAAAAAAAAAGAAAAAAAAAGAAGCAGAAACAUCCAAAAACUGUGGAUUACAUUUACUCUUGGGAUUCUCUUGGAUGAAAACAGCCAGACACAAAGGGUUAUGAAUAGGCCAUAAUAUCUAAACAUUUCUACAAGGACCCAGGAGCCUCUACUGUAUUUUGGCCCUUGAAUCACAUGUCAGAUGAGGAAAAUGCAAGACGGUGAUAUUUAGCUUUGAUUUUGACAUAAUUAGGUUAAUUGGAAUCAAUUAUUUGUACAUUAAUUUUCUUCAGCAUGGUUAACAGAAUACAGUAGGACAUCUCUUAUUUAUUAUUCCUCCUCUUUAAAAAAAAAAAAAGCACUUGUUUGCUGUUUAUUCCAUCUAGCGUGGACUCAGUUGGUUAUUUUUGUUUAUGUGCAAAUGGAGCAUCUUUUAAAAAACUGUAGCUAUGAGACUCCAGAUAUUCAAGAGUAAUUCUUAGUUUAGUCUGCCUUAGUAUUUAGUACCCCCGAUGUGUUUUCUUUUUAUAAAAUCCAGGUGAAUAUAAAAAUUUAGCUUGACCUGUUGUUGAACUUCACUGUCAUUUGAGUGGUAUUGAUCAUAUAUCCAUGAUGAUAGGAUCUCUGUACAUUACAUCAGUUGUGUUGUCGCUUUGUCAGGACUGUCAGGAAGUGUGGAAUUGUCAUUUUAAUCUUACAUAUUCCGCUCACGGCGCUCAUCAAAGUAACUGUUUUGAACUAAGGAAUGCUUAAUUAUUAGCAAAACACAAUAACAAAGGGCUUACUCUGUUCUUGUAUCUUACAAGACAAUUUGCUAUUAGUGCACAAGACUUUAAAAAUUAGUCUGACACUACAGCAAUAAACAGUAGCUUUGUUUUCCCCAAAUAUACAUAAUGAUGUCAAAGUGAUUUUAUUUGUAUUUUUCAAAUGGAAUAUUUACCCUUGUUUACUAGCCUAAGUAACAAUACCUGCACAACUUGAGGGCUGAUCACAUUUUAACCAUUCAAAAAUUUUGAUAGAUUGGCUGCCAACGGUUCAGAUGAACAAAUUAAGUCAUUGAGAACUCAGGGCUUUGGAAAAUACCACUCCUGAAUGCUCUGUUUCCUCAUGAGGACAGAUCACUGGACGGCUAUAUGUUAAAUGUUAAUGUUCAUUCAUUUUGAAUCUACAUUUAACACUAAUAAGCUUACAUCUGUGGAUCUUCAUUAUAACAAAAUAUGAGCGGUGGCCGGUUUGAUAUCAGUAAUAGGUGAACUGAAAGCUAAUCGCUUCAUAAUCAUUUAUAUACAGUUUGUCAUUAAUGGCUGAAAGUGUAUAAAGCGUAAGGAAUGGAUACGGAUAUUAAAUAUAAUUUCAUGUUUAUGAAAUGUUCAUGUAUGUUUGAUGUUUAACAGGAUAGAGUGGCGAUGGGUGACUCGAUGGGUCUUGUCACUGGAUUGAACAUAUGUACAUAUCCUUUUGUAUAUUGAAUUGCAUGUGUUCUAUGGCCAAUGACAAAGAUACAUACAUGCAUUUUUAGAGUAUUUGAGGUUUCAUUUCUUUUUUAUCCCCUACCUCUGAGGUCUUCCUUGUUUAAGAGCUGAGUCUGUAUUGAUGUAAAACACACAUUCCCCAGUAACCAUGCUUUAUUGAUUAGAGACUAAGUUUCAUGUGUGACAGUUGUCGUCACGUGCAUUUUGAGCUGGAACUGUCCUUUGAUUUGCUCUGUUGGCUCCAGUCUAACCUGUGCUGGCUAAGAUAAUGUGAUUCAUGAGGACAAUACUUUGAUUUGCCCAUGAAAAAAAAAAAAAAUAGAGCAAUAAAAAUAGACAGACAAUCAGUUUGACUGAUAUUUUUACCAAUAAAAUACAAUGAUA